GAUGGAUUUGCCCUGAAUUCACAAGUCGGCAUUCCGAAGUUGGAGUGACGUUCUAUUGCACUUUUCCUCGUCGGAGAUCGGAAAACGCAGCAUACAACCUAAGUCUUUCUGCGUAGUUGCUUCUGUAACGUCCACUGGAACCAGCGAUGAGUCAGCGAGCUGAAGGGCCUCCGACAUCUAACGUCAUGGAAGUAUCAAUUUACUCCCAAGUUGUUUUCAACAAAGUUCCUCAGUCUUAUAUUCCAAAUGCCCCCGUGAAAUGCUGCUAUGAAGUGACUGCAGCAAUCGAACCGCACCGUAGAGACUGGGUGGGAAUAUUUAAGGUUGGCUGGAGCACCACAAGGGAUUACUACACCUUUGUGUGGGCGGCACCAUGCUCUAACACUGAGGGGGAGGAGCCAGUGGAACAGCAUGUGAUAUUUGAUGCGUAUUACCUGCCCAAGGAGGAUGGAGAGUUCUAUCAGUUCUGCUUUGUGGAUAGCAGCGGUCAGGUGAGGGGUGCCAGUAUCCCAUUUCGCUUCGAGAGCCCAGUCGAAUCCAGCCUGGAUUACAGCAUGGAAAAUGACCUGCUGGUGGUCACUACACAGGAUCAGGUAGACCAGGUGGAGAAAGAUAAAGAGGAUCUACACAAAGAGAUGGAGAAACAGAAGGAGCUCAUCGAGAACCUCAGUGCUGAGCUCAAUGAAAGACUGUUGGAGAUCAGGUGCCUCACGGAAUCCAAUGUGGAGUUGGGUGAGUCUGUGAAGCGGUUGGAGCUGGAGCAGGCCGAGAGGGCGAGGGAGACCGAAGAGGAGCAAGAGCCAAUAGCCCAGAACACUGUGGGUCUGGAGGAAUCACAGAGAGAGAGGGAGGUGCUCCAACAGAGUGUAUCCACCUGGCAGGACAAGUAUCAUCAAGCAAUGACCGAAAUUGAUCAGCUGAAGCAAGAGCAGGGAGAGCUGAAAGAAAGGAUUGUAACACAGGAGGCUGAGAUCACACAGCUAAGUUCCAGCAUAAGGGAAAUGGAGCAGAAGAAUCAGCAGAACCUUGAGGAGCUGCAGACACAGCGUGAUCACAUCAUACUGUUGCAGGUGGACCUCCAGAGCAGCCAGAAAGAGACUAUGAAGCUGGCAGGGGAACUGCAGUCACUGCAUGAACAGGCAGAGGUGGCAGAAGGACUGUGUCGUGAGAAUCAGGCCCUGCAGAGGACCCUGUCCGAACAGGAUGGAAAGGACAGAGAAGAUCUUGAGAAGCAGCUACAGGAGUUGAAAAAAGAGCUGAGCAAGGAGAGACAGAGGAGUGAGGAGGCACACAGUCAGACAGACCAAGCCCUUCAGGAGCUGCAGGAAGCAAAGGAAAAACUGGAAAACAGCCUCAAAGACUUUCAGGAGAAGGACCAGCUGAGCAACAAACUAGAGAAACAGCUGAUGGAAAUACAAAAGAACCUGGAUGAACAAGUGAAUACGGCAGCAAUUAUGAGAGGCGAGAAGGAGGAGCUGUCCCAGGACAAUCAGGAACUGAAGAGAACUAUUGCAAAACUGCAUGAAGAGCUGGCCCAGCUCAAGGCCUUGUCUACCCCUUCUUCCAUUUCCUUUCAAUACCCUAACCCUUACUCUCCAUCACAUGUUGCCGUUGGCACCCAGAACCCAGGUGAUGACCCACUCCUCCCCUUUGAAACAUUGAGACCAGCAACUUCAAGCACAGAGGACACGCUGAUGGUGUGCCGAUAUUGCCAAGAGAUCUUCCCAGAUAUCAGGCAGGUGGAGCUGCAGCAGCAUGAGGAAAGCCACAAGGUGUGCCCCUUCUGCACACUUAUCUGCGACUCCAUGGAUCAGCACGGCUUUGAGGAGCAUGUCUACAGCCAUGAGUAGGGUGAUGUUCUUGAGGGGCAUCACUGCAACCUGAGUAACUGCAUUAAAGUAGAACCUCAGCGAUGCAAACCCUUAAGGAAUGGAAGUCAUGCAGAGCCUGAUGUUUUAAGAGGCCCACAUUUUGUAACUGUAAAUGGUGUUAUAGCUACAAAAUGGCAAAUAGAACAUACAAAUUUGAUUAUUUGCUUAGCAGAAUUUGCUUUCCAGAAAAUGAGCUAUGGGUAAAAAUACAAAUUAAGCAACCCCACAAUGCUGGCGUAGCAAAGCCCCUCUCUUGGGACUUGAAUCCAAGCAGGUGGGGUCUAGCAACAGGAGUGUGUUUGACAACCAGUUAAUGGGGGCCCAGAUUGAUACAUAGUGAAACAUGAGGAUUAUUGCAUUUUAGUUUACUUAUUAAUGAAGGAAGGGAUAAUCCAGGGUAUGCAGUUAUUUUAUUUUAAUUAUUUAAUAACUUUAGUGUUUGCCUUUGCAUAUUUUUUAAGCCAGUUGCCAAAUCAUCUGGGAUAGCUGGCUAGAGUAUAAAUUUAGAACCGUGAACAGACCAGUUUUACUGGAACUGCUUGUACAGUUUAAACACAAACACUUUCAGCCAGUCAGAAUUGAGUUUUCACCCAGACCAUGGUAUAAAUGAAUUCAAAGAAAUAUUCGAAAAUGAUUGUUGGAAGUUAUAAAUAAUGCUAUUUAAUGGCAUACUAUGCACAAUUUCUUUCCUUGCAUCGCUCCUGUGCUUACAAUCCAUGGUCAGAGAGAUACAUUGCAUUUUUCAUUAAUAUUUCCCAAUAUUCUAAAAACAAACAUGGAGUCGUUUACUUUCAUUCUGGACAUUUUUGCUAUCAGCAAAAACUGCCCCAUGACUAAAAUUCUGCUGUUUCCACCCGGACAACAAUACAGAGACACCAAAUAUAUCGUUUCCAUGGUUACAUGCACACGAAGAGGGCCCAAGGCACUGAACCAAAGAUUUAGCAGGAUGGCCCAUAGGCUGGGCUCUUUGUAGGAAGCCUCUUCAGCUAGGUAGUUCAAUACAGACUCAAGAGAGAUAACCGGAGAGUGAGAGAAAGAAAGACAGGUAAAGAGGGAAAAAAAUGCAUUAUAAAAUGCUGUUGCAUUGUGCUUAUUAUUUAUCUAUUUUCAUACUGUAAAAGUCACCAGAAUGCAGGAAACAUCUCCCUAUUUCUGAGGUCCCAGGGUCAGCAAGUAUGCUGAUAGCAAAAACUUCCAGAAUGAAAGUAAACGACUCCAAGUUUGUUUUUAGAAUAUUGGGAAAUAUUAAUGAAAAAUGCAAUGUAUCUCUAUGACCAUGGAUAUUGUUCUGUAGUAGUCAAGCUGCAGUCAUAUCUGGAGAAGAAUACAGAACAUAGAUGGGAUUGUAGGAUUUUCUGUAUUUUAAAACAUAUUUUUUGAAGCCUAAAUUUCCCACUAUAACAAUUCACAAAACUGUAGGGGCAUGUGGGUAUGGGAACUGUCAAUUAGCUAUGAUUAACAGACCGUGCUCCCACUUUCCACACGUUCUAACUAGCAAACUUAGGAUAUCAACUCUCGAUAUCUAAGGUAAGGAUGCUGACUUAUCGAAUUAUAAUUUUUCUUUAAGUUGUUACUUUGUAAAAUACCGGACACACAGCAAAUUCUCAGGACCUCAUGGCCAGCCAGCUUAUUUUUCUAAACAUAAUUUAAUUGUGUUGGCUAAUAACACCACCGACCUAACCUUACCUAUCACUACCUAGCCACUUGGUUAACAGUUAGCCACCAAGGUGACCCUCGCUCUCACCAACCCAUCUGUACCACUGUAGUAGCCAAUCAAUACAUGGUUCCAUUCAUGCUCCUCCUUCUUAUAUUGGCCAUUGACCGUGCUUUUCAGAUACAGCCCACAAAGAAAAAAAGGGUCAUGCUAAGAAACAUCCCACUCACUUUUUUGAUUAACAAAUACAGCAAGGACUGGGCAGAAGUGAACACAGACACAGAUUGCAGAGAGCAUGGUUGUUUUAUAAUAUUUUCAAGGUAAAUAUUCUGCAUAGUAUGCCUUUACAUGAAUAUAAAAUCAGUGUUUUUCCCCUUAUUAUCUACUGUAAAAUAUAAAACAGAAAGUUACAAGACUAGUGCUAAAUUCAGAGAGGGAGAAUUAAAGCUAGAUGAGUGAAAUUCGUGCAACAAAAUUACAUCGCAUCUUGUAAUCUAGCAGCUAAAAUGUAAUGAAAUUAAUUUUAUGGUAGUGCAUGUUUACUUUAAUAAUAAUCAUAAUUAAGACAAUUCUGCUACAGAUUAUGUGGAUUUCUUCUAGGAUUAUGUGUUAAUGCUCAUUUUGACAAGCAUCCAUUAAACUAUUAGCCAAAUUUGUAUGACCUCAACAUUCAAAAUCAAAUGAAAUAAAUAGGAGAUAUCAUGAAAACUUUUUUUGUGUGUAAGCUUUCCAAAGGACAUCAUAACAUUGCAUAAUAACGAGUGAACAGAUAAUAAUUAUAUUUUUAAACAGACACUGAACAGGAGGUUAUUAUGAAUACAUCCUAUUUCAGUUGAUUACAGAGAAAAUGAAAGAAGGAAGAUUAAUGUUCAGUUUUGCACCAGUGAAAAAGACCAAUAGAAUGUAUUUGUUGUAUAAUAUGGAGCUUGAAAAGGUGUAAUUGAUUCUACUUCUGCGUGUAUGAGGCCUUCUCACAUGCAUACAUUAUAUUCUCACUCUCACAUUCAUUGUACUCUCACAUACAUAUAUUCCCACUCUCAAAUACAUAUGUUUUCACUGUAUCACUUUAAUUGGAAUGAGCUGGAGAGGCAUUGCAUGCUCGGGAUAAGUAGGCUAUGGUUAUGCACUUUACAGGUUUCUUCUUUUUGGUCUGUCCACGGUUUAAUUUUGUUUUGAUGUCUUAUAAUGUUGUUUCUAUGUUGUUUUAAUUUCACACAAUGUUUUAUUGUUGUUGUUGUGUGCAAGACAAAUUCCCUUUAGGGCAAUAAAGUUUUUCAAAUCAA